UGAAACACCUGUGUAAAUAGUAGCAGGAGAAGUUGGGUGCAGGGUAUGGCAGAGCUGCAUGCUGAAUCUGGUUGGACUUUAGUGUAGAAACGUUGAAUCCAUAGGACCUGAGUUUCUACAUGUAGCCCACUUGUUGUUAACAUGGAGCAAACUGAUAAGAAGGCCACAGAGGAGUCGGGCAGGAUGCCUCUGAACGCAGGAGACACCGGGUACGGCAGCGUGGCAGGCCCCGGGCUGUCGGGCACCAUGAACGGCUCUGAGUCGGCCCCGCUGCUCAUCCCGGAGCCUGAACCGGAGCCUUUCCAGCAGUGGCAACCCCUGACCAAGGAGGAGCUGGAGGUCGCCGCGGGGGGUCCGGGGUGGAGGAAGGUGCGACUUCACCUUGUGCUGCUGUUCUGGCUUACCUGGGUGGCCAUGCUCACCAGCUCCAUCGCCAUCAUCGUGAUCAGCCCCCGGCCGGUUGUAACGCCGCUCAAGUGGUGGCAGAAGUCUCUGUUCUACCAGCUGCAGCCCGACCUGCCCAUAGAGCAGCAGGCCAACGGGUCAGGGGGCAUUAAUGUGCUGUGCAAGCAGCUCCCCUACCUCAGGUCCCUGGGUAUAGGAGCUCUAAUCCUGGAGGGUCUGUUUGACAAAAAGGCAUCCCCUUUACGCUUCAAUGCUACUGGUGAAAGGAUUGGGACUUUGCCUCAGAUCCAGCAUCUGUUUGCAGAGUGCAACAAAGAAGGUAUCAAAGUGGUGUUAAACAUCUGUGAAGUGGAUCUGUUGGGACCUCGGGAUGAAGCAGGAAACGCAGACGAGACAUCGAACCUCUCAGCCAUCGUACAUCAUACACUCCGGUUCUGGCUGGAGCAGGGUGCGGCAGGAUUUGCAAUCUGUGACACAGAUCCAGUUUAUUCAGAAAAGACUCUGCUGGAGUGGAAAGAUGUCUUCAAAGAAUUCAGCAGUGAGGAGGAGGAAAGGAUCAUUGUGGUAAAACAGACAAGUGAUGUUCUGCCUCCGCUAAAAAUCUCCAGCCAGAGCAACGUUACUCUGGUGGAUGUUGUCUUGAGGUCAAUCCUGCCGUCUUCACAACACCCCCUGUCUGCCAAGGAAGUCGCUGAUGCCAUAGAGACACAUCUGCAAACCAGAGAAGACUCGUGGCACUACUGGACAGUUGGGGGUAAAGCACCCCAUGACUUGAAGAAUUUACUCCUGGUGCUGAUGAUGACUCUGCCAGGAUCACCUGUAGUCCAGUAUGAUGAAGAUAUCGACCAAACGCAGAAUGCGUCUCUGAAAGUCAACACCAACAAAUUGACAGACAUCGAUCCAGACGAGGGGAGGAAGAAGAAGAAGCACCGUUUAGCUUUAGCCCUCUUCACCGCCCUGAGUCGGUCCAGAGCCAGAGAAGAAGCUCUUCUGUUUGGAAACUUCACUUUCCUGCCCUUUAAUUCUUCCACCAACUCCUCCUCCUCAAACUCCACUCUGCCCUCCCCUUCAUCUCCCCCGAUCCUGGCCUUCUUGCGCUCCUGGGGUUGUGUCCACUUCCUCAUUCUGCUCAACGCGGGGCCUGAGCUCCACGCCCUGGAUCCCGCCUGGGCCCCGAGCCUGCCCAAAGCUGGGGUGUUUGUGAGCAGCACAGGAAUGGACCGUUUGGGGUCGACAUCUCUGGAAACGCUGGAACUGCGGCCCCACGAAGCCAUUGUCAUCAAACUAUUUGAUGCAGGAAGCUAUUCGUAGAGCUUCUCUGUAAUAAGAGUGGAGAUUUAGCUUCUGGAAUUUGUCAUUUUGCUAUGUGCUCAGCGGUCACUGAAAAUAAAAUAAUGUUUCUGUGUUGGCCGUGUGGCAUCAUUUGUUGUGAGGAUAAUUUUUCUACUUCAGCCUUCUGGAGUCCAUCUAUUGAUCGGUGAAUACCCUGAGCAUGUUUAUUUAUAGUAAAAUACCUUUUUUAGUUAUAAAUCAUGUAUACUUGAGAAAACCAGUACAAAGUGUGGCUGCAGGGUUUUAAAAUACUGAAUUAUUGAUAUGUUUAGUGAUUUACAGGCAUAUAAACUUAAAAUCACCUAAACUAAAUACAGUCUAUAAAUAAUAUUUGAAGUGACAUGGCUGUAUGUGCAGGAAUAAAUACAUGUGCGUUGUGUUAAGGAACGCUUUUACUAAAGGGACUGUGCACACAGUCUUCUUUCCUAUGGUUUAAUAGCAGAAAUUGACACGUUUGUGUUGUUGCUCCAAAGAAACAAUCUGAAAUGUCACGGCCAACUAGUGUGUUCUGAUCAAACCCGGCUGCGAUGGUGUUGCAAUAGUUCAGUCGCAGCCUCAGCUGCUGAUUGAACAAACCACAUUGAGCCACAUCCUAAUUUAUCUGGUAU